AUGGUCACGGUCUCGUGCGCGUCCAACCUCGUGCUCUGCACGUCCUCGGACGGCAGCGUCUCGGACUGCUACAACCCGAAUCACUUUGGCUGCUGCGCCGGGCGUACCUACUCGGUUAGCCUCAGCGGCCCGCGCCAGUACUGCUGCGUCGACCCCAAAACGUACGUCCAGACCGUCGCCGACGCGUGCCCGUCAACCGCACCCGUGGCAACGCUGCCGGGCUCGGCCACGCCGCUGCCGUCGACGAAUGUAUCGGCCGCAGCGUCCGGUGACAGCCCGACUUUAUCGCCCAACGAGACGAGCGCGCCGCCAAAGGGCGCCCUCACGGGCAACGUAAGCUUUACGAUCUCCAAGCAGGCGAUUGCAGGUAUCGCCGUCGGCAGCGUCGUCGUCGUUGCCAUCAUCCUCUAUCUUCUGUGCCGGAAGCGGCGGAAGCAGCCCCGCGCCUCGUCCGGGUCGGUCGACCUCGCUCGGCCCAUCAAUUCGACCACCGCCCACACGUCCAACGCCGGACACUCGCCUCGGGCGCCUAUGGCGAAGUGA